CGGUGGGCGGGGCCACGAGGGAGGGCGGAAGUACACUACUGCUGACCGUUGGCUAGCACUGCUCGGUAACUUAAGCUUCUUCUAGUCCGGUUUGGUCUUGUAUCUUGCACCUAGGCUUGGGUCGCUCAAAACAUAUAAAGACGAUGUACUUACAAAGAUUGUUGUUGCUGCGGUCAAGCGCCCGCUUGACCUCGAGGCGUUCUCAGCAGAGGGCGUGUCUUCGACAGGCACCCCGCUGGACAUGAUACAAGUACGCAACCGGUUGAGAGAGAUUGUAGGAGCAUCCACCAACUGGAGGGACCACAAGCAAGCCCUGGAGGAGCGCCUGUCCCUGUCCUCCAUGCUGGCCCGCUCCCAGGGCGACUUGCCCCCGCGCUCCAUGAAGGACAGCUCCCACGAGGUCCACCUGCCCCUGGGCUCCCAGCCCCACAUCAGGGAGAAGUACCUCACCCACCACAACACCGUCAGAUUUGGCAGGAUUCUGGAGGAUCUGGAUAGUUUAGCAGUGCUCAUCUCUUACUCUCACACCCACAAUCCUGCGCUGCCCAGGUCUCCGCUGUCCAUUGUCACCGCCCUAGUGGACAAGAUAGACAUGAGACAGCACACUAUCUACCCCGACCGCGACAUCAAGUUCACUGGUCACGUGACAUGGGUGGGGAAGACGUCCAUCGAGGCCAAGAUGUACAUGUCUCAGUUACACGAGGGAGCCUACAGCCCCGUCCUGGAGGCCACGUUCGUCAUGGUGGCCAGAGACCCAGAAAACAAGAGGGCAGCGUAUGUGAACCCCUUGAAGCCUGAGGGAGCAGAGGAGGAGCGGCUGUUCCAGCAGGGAGAGGUCAACAAGACCCGCCGCGUGGAGCUCAGCACCGCGUCCCUGCUGAAGGUGGCGCCGACCGCGGAGGAGAGGAAGGUCGUCCACAGCCAAUUCCUCAGCACCCUGGACCCCCAGACGGUGAGUUUUCGCAGCAGGGUCCUGCCACCUAAGUCUGUGUGGAUGGAGGACGCCAAGGUGAAGGGCCUGGAGAUCUGCCAUCCUCAGGAGAGGAACAUCUUCAACAGGAUCUUCGGUGGCUUCCUGAUGAGGAAGGCCUACGAGCUGGGCUGGGCCAACGCCUGCUCCUACGGAGGCUGCCGACCUAAUCUGGUCGCCGUUGACGACAUCUUGUUCCAGAAACCAGUAGAGAUUGGCUCCUUGCUUCUCCUCUCAUCACAGGUGUGUUACACAGAGGGGAACUUCAUCCAGGUCAGAGUACACACGGAGGUGGCUGGACCCUCUGACGGGGGCAGCACAACACCACCAACGUGUUCCACUUCACCUUCGUGUCGGACAACGACGGUCCCAAUGAUCGUUCCCCAGAGCUACGGAGAAUCCAUGUUGUACCUGGACGGUAAGAGGCACUUCAGCCAGGCAGCAGGGAUCUGAGAUGGACUCACCUCUUCUACGACUCAAGCUUUAUGCCAAUGCACUUCAUACAGCUCAAAAACACUUUAUAUAUAUAUAUAUAUAUAUA